CUUUUAUGGUAUUUUUAUUUAUUUUUCUAACUAAUCGUACCCUGUGCACUUACUGGCAGCAGGCAAUUAUAUCAUUAUUCUUUGUUUACAAUUUUUAAUGAUAAGUCGAAAUAAUGGAAAGCUCGUGGAACACUUGUGUACGCGAGUUCACUGCGGCCGGCUUCAGUCGUGGUUUGCGGCAACAGCGCGCGCCUGAAAGCCUCCGUUGAAAGCUCCCCACCUCCCGCCUAUACUUGCAUACAAAAAUCAUCGGGUCGGCGCAACAAAUACAAUCAUAAAGAAGACUUAAAACAUGGCUGCUCCAGAAGGACCCCCUGGCAUGCCGCCGACAGAGCCACAGACGGGCCCCGACGGGGAGAUCAUCGGCGGCCCGCGGAACAUGCAGCAGGUGGCCGCGCAACGUAGGCUUCAGCAGACGCAGGCGCAAGUUGACGAGGUGGUGGACAUUAUGAAAACCAACGUCGAAAAAGUUCUGGAAAGAGACGCGAAGUUAUCAGAACUAGAUGACAGAGCCGAUGCACUUCAGUACGGUGCGUCGCAGUUUGAACAACAGGCCAAGAGCUUAAAGAAUAAAUUCUGGCUUCAAAACCUAAAGAUGAUGAUAAUAAUGGGAGUGAUUGGAAUCGUCAUAAUAGGUCUGCUGUUUGUUCGAUACCGUGGCACCCCGUCUAUGACUGGCAUCCCAGCGGGUAUAUCGGGCAUAGCCAGCAAUAUCACUAUGUCAGCUAAUACUAUUCAUUGAAAAUACAUGUAAGUUUUUAUUCAUCGCAUCUGUUGGGUUCUACUUAAACCGUGAAGCUGUCUUCAAAACACAUGCUACGUUUAAACUAGGUACUUUAUAUUCUACUAUCUACUUAAUAAAUUAGGUAGCAUCUUUAGAAUCUAGAAUACCUACCAAUGGAACAAAAUUUAGGGUAAAGAAUAACCUUAUGAAAUUCGUAUUACUUAGUUACUAAAAAAAUCAACAUAAAAUAUUUAAAGUAUUAACAUGGCGUUAUCUAAAGCCAAACAACUUUGAAUGACUCUAAAGUACUAAGUUUUUAAGUACUCAUUGUAAAAUUGAAAUAUUUCUUAUUCGUUUAUUUGUUAUAGUGUACCUACGGGGAAACAAAAUUCUGCUAAUGUUUUAAUUUAUUUGCGUGCCUUGUUCUAGGAUACUAUAUACAAGUCCUAAAUAAGUGUAACAUUUAAGUUAUGAUUUGAGACCUCGCUGUGACGCUGCUUUAAUUUCGACUCUAAAUCGGCCUAUGAAUGCUCGAAAAAUUCAAAGAGAUACUUAUAUUAGUGAGCGAGUUCUUCCAAACGUAGUGGAACCUUUAUCGAUAUUAAUAUAGCAUUAUUAUUAUAACUCAUGUAAUGGAAACAGGAUUAUAGAAAUAAACACGCUAUUGGUUGUUAAUAAAACAAUUUAAAUGCAAUAACAUACGAAAUGUAAAAUCGUGACACCAAAGUUAGCCGAAAUAGAAAUAAAUGGAAUUGAAUUAUUAAGUGAUAGGUGUAUAGAAUUAAGAGAAAUCUUGUUUAAUAUUUAGUCUCAUAAUAUAACAAGUACCUACAAUGAUCUACUAUUUACCUAUCAACAUUGCAUAUCCGCUCUUUACUAAUACCAUUGACAAAUGUAGUCUAAAUCAGGGAUGUCACGCAUGUUGAAUUCUUCCCAUUCGCGAAUGCGAAUGCGAAUCCGAAUGUUAGGGAAUAUGUUGUUGUUAUUAUCAUUCCUAAUUAGAAUAAAAUCUGGUAGUACAUAAAACAUAAUUACCUUAGAACGGGAUGUUUUAAAGUGUUGAAAAAUGACCCGUAGGUAGUCAAAAUGCAUUAUUUGAAAACAGUCUGCGCGCACUGCCUAUACGUGAGUCGACGAGAUGGGACACGACCUGGGGGCCGAUUUUUGAAUUUCGAUCGCUCGAAUUCGUGUUCUCCUUUUAAUAAUAUCUCCACUACUAGGCAUUUAAAUUCUACUAAUAUAAUUGAAAACGAGUGGUAAAUUCCACUGGAUUCCCAAUUUCUAUCGCUCCUACGUCAAAAAGAUCAUUUGGCCGUUUUCUACAGAUUUUUGAGUGACAAAAUCGAGCGCCUGAAAUUCAAAAAUUGCCCCUCUGCGCACAUUCGCAUUCGCAAAAUAUUCGAUUGAUGCUUCAAAUGAAGCGAAGUUUCGUAUAUACGAAUGCGGAUAUUCGUGACAUCCCUAGUCUGAAUAUAAAGUAGCUGUGGGAAAGAGAUGUGGACCUGCCUCUAGAUUAUGGAGCCUCUUGAAGUCAAUUAUUUGCAAAUGUAUAUGUUACACAUUAUUAAGGCUGUAUAAUUAUUUGCUAGUAUCAAAUGUCAAUUAGAAAUUUACUUUUUCAAAGAAGUUCUACAUACAUACACAUCUACGGUACAUUCUUUAGCGAUAUCUAAUUUUAAAUGAUUUGGAUAAAAAUGGACUGUAUUUACAAUUUUUGUGUAAAUCGUAGGGGUAAUUUUAAAGUUUGCUUUCAUUUAUUCUUGUGCCUUCAAUUUUAUACGAACUAGAUGUUUCACCCUCCUGUGAGUUAGACGAUCUUAGAAUUCGAUUGUCAGUUAGUUUUGCAAUUAUCGUAGUACUUGGCGUAGUACUUUAAAUUAUUUUCGCUGCCUUGUUUCUGACCUCUCUGUCACGCUUGUAUUUGUGUCUUCUAUCAAAUAAAUAAAUCAAGUCGAAUGCUAUUGCAUGUGUUAAAGGCUGUAGAUUAGAAUUUACAUGAGUAAAAUUAAAAAAAUAAAUAUCAUCUCAUACAAAAAGCUACACUCCGUGACAUUUUUUGGGGACAAAAAAAAGACAACGAAAAUAAUUUUGACCCAGUUAGCUGUUUAUUUGCUUUGAAAUAUUGAAUUAUAAAUUUAGAUGAAAAUUGUAAGUAUAGAUUAAUAAUAUGGUGCCAUUGACAAUAUUAGUUCUUUUAUAAUAACUGUGGAAUGAAGCGUGUAUCUACUGUACCUAUAAAAUGGGACAUUUUAUGAUAUUCUACGACUUUUAACUUUUCGGUGUUGUGCAUAUCACAUAAAAAUAUAGAUAUUCAUUGAGUCUACUUUUAAAUGCACUUAUGUUUAACAGAUUAGUAUUAUUACAAUAGACUUUAUCAACUUCGUUUAAAUCCUUAAGAAUACAUGUCUAGUGAUAUUUAUACUACCUGUAAAGCUAAUGGAAAUCAAAUUUCUUACAAGCAGAAAGAUUCGAGGUGCCCCAAAACAAACGAGUAUCAUCAUUAAUUUGUAAAUAAUGAAAAACAUACUUAAAACUUUUUGACCUUCAAGUUGUUUUUCAUAAUAAAAAUCAUAUCAAUAAAUAAAUUCAAUGUUUUAUAGAGUUAUACCUAUUUAUAUUACAAAUUUUUAAUUCAACGAAUAGUAAUAAAAAAAACUUACAAUUUAAAUUUAUGAUGUUGUGAUUGUACAUAUUUAAUCUUGGACUUAUUUUUGGCCUGAAACACAACAUUUCCAAGGAUGAAAACAGUUCUUAUUUUUUUAAUAUCUGCAAAGCCAGGGCGUCGUUUGACGACAUUUUCAUAGGUGUUUAUUAUAUGUAACAGAAUACAAGAAGUAAACAGUUUUAGGUUAUACAAUAAUGUGAUUAAAAUGAUUACAUAAAUAAA